AUUCACACAUUACUUUCCAAUUAUUUGUUGUAAGACACGUAAUUAUUUUUCGAACGAGUGUGGAUAUAUGCGAAAGAUAAAUGGCAAAGAUGGAAAUAGAGCGGAAGUGGAAAGGAAAAGGGGGAGAAGAAGAUUGGAAGCGUUUCGUUUGGCGCUUUCGGUGGAAUGCAUCGCAAUUGCAUUGGGGUUUGAAUCAUUCUUCACUCGUUUCCUUUCUGUCUGUCAAACCCUCUCAUUCUCUCUCACAUUUUCUCUCUCAUUUUCAAACUUCAAUUUCCAUUUCUAAUUCCAAUUCCUUUCAAUUUCCGACGAAGAAUCUCGAAUCGGACAAUGAAAUGUGAAUAAAUCUGAAUGUGGCGUUGUUCACUUCCGAUUCAGAUCGAGAUUCAUGGGGAUUUGCUUCAGCAUUGAAGAGCAAAACCGCCUCUCGGUCUCGGAUUCAAAUUCAAAGCCUAAAUCUGCAGGACAUGAAUCUGGUCGAUCAACGCCAACUCCAUUAGGCUCCAUGAAUAUCAAGGAACUUCAACAAGGUGCUGGAUACAGCAACGUUCACAUUUUCACGUACGAGGAGUUGAGGCUCGCCACCAAGCACUUUCGUCCUGACUUGAUUUUGGGUGAGGGUGGCUUUGGAGUUGUGUAUAAAGGAGUCAUAGAUGAUAGUGUCAGGUCUGGUUACAAAUCCACUGAAGUCGCCAUUAAGGAGCUUAAUCGCGAAGGAUUUCAAGGCGAUCGGGAAUGGCUCGCUGAAGUUAACUAUUUAGGUCAAUUCAGCAAUCCAAAUCUCGUGAAGCUUAUUGGUUACUGCUGCGAGGAUGAACACCGGCUAUUGGUUUAUGAAUACAUGGCGAGUGGGAGCCUGGAGAAGCAUCUUUUCCGCAGAGUGGGCUCAACAUUGACUUGGUCAAAAAGAAUGAAGAUUGCUUUACAUGCUGCGAAAGGGCUUGCUUUUCUUCAUGGUGCAGAAAGGCCCAUCAUAUAUCGUGACUUCAAGACAUCGAACAUCUUGCUAGAUGCGGAUUUCAAUGCAAAACUUUCAGACUUUGGCCUUGCAAAGGAUGGGCCGAUGGGUGACCAAACCCAUGUUUCAACACGAGUAAUGGGCACAUAUGGAUAUGCUGCACCUGAAUAUGUUAUGACUGGGCAUUUGACAGCACGAAGUGAUGUGUAUGGUUUUGGGGUGGUGCUACUUGAAAUGCUUAUUGGUAGGAGAGCAUUAGACAAGAGCAGGCCCAGCCGAGAGCAUAACUUGGUUGAGUGGGCACGCCCACUGUUGAAUCAUAAUAAAAAACUACUGAAAAUUUUAGACCCAAAAAUAGACGGGCAGUAUUCAAGUAAAACUGCGAUAAAGGUGGCACAUUUAGCAUACCUAUGUCUUAGCCAAAACCCCAAAGGCAGACCUCUCAUGAGCCAGGUUGUUGAAAUUCUUGAAAACUUUCAAACAAAGGGAGAAAAUGAGGAAGAUCAAGUGUUUCAAAGUGGUGGUAGCAGUAUAACCAUUUAUGAGGUACCAAAAGGCAGCAAUGACAAACCAACUGAGGGGUGAACCCUUAAAUGAAGAGGUUAUUUCAAAUGACUAUAAUUGAUGUUCUUCACCAGAUUUUGUGCUCCAUGCCAGGUUCUAGAAGUUGAAGUUUCACCAGUAUUGGUGGCAAUUAAGUUUUGUACAAAAAUGUUAAAAGUGGUUGGAUCCUGGUUGAUGUCUCCAGCUAUUUAUGUGCUUUGAGCUGAACUUGGUGAAGGCAAUUAUGUAGCCUUAGCAAUUCUCUUCUGUUACUAUUACUUGCAAUUUUGAAUCAUCAUCAUGCUUUUGAUUGGAAUA